AUGGACGACGACUAUGUCGCGCAGCUCAUGGCAAAGGAGGCCGCAGAAAACUCCAAGAAGUACUCGCUGGAAGGUCUUGGGGCUUAUCAAUCGCAGAAACGAUCUGUCAAUGCGCCGAAAGCCAACACUCGGUUUCUCCGACAUCUGAUCAAAGAGACGGAUAGUCAUAACACAGCUUUGAAGCGGAAAGAAGAGAGAGAUGCACGAGACCGAAUGCGCCAGAUGAAAGCUCUCAGAGGCUAUCACCAGCUCCUGGAGUCCAUGAAGGAGAACGUCACUCUAGCACUAGAACCUCGGACCGAUCCCACCGGGACGAUCGUCGACAUAACAGCCGACGCGAUGACCAACGGAGUGACCAGAAUCGUUCCCACCGGAAAAGCCACCGCCAUCGCAGUCGUUCGCCAUCCUCGGGCGGGGACCGAGGCCGAGACCGGGAUCGGGACCGCAGACAUCGGCGAAGAGACGACGACCGCAGUCGAUCACGAGAUACCCAUAAAGACAGAGAGCGUAAGACACGACGGAGAGACGACGAUCGAGACAGAUCAAGGGAGAGAGGUCGAGACAAAGAGUACAGAGACAGUCGCAGGCCAACGACUUACCGAAGGCGAACAUACUCAGAGUCUCGCAGUCGCUCCCCACGUCGAGAUCGAAGUGCUGAACCUCACCGCAGCCGACGUCAUCAUAAAUCUCCCUCCAAUGCCCGGACAUCCCCAUCGAGCAGGAAAGAGGAGCGACGGUCACGUCGAGAAGAUCAAUCGCAAAUCCGGGCCUUCUAUUCAACGACAUGAUAGGGAAGAAUCAGACCCCCUUGAAGAUGUGGUUGGUCCUCUUCCGCCUCAGACCGCUGCACCGGUUCGUUCGCGUGGCCGGGGCGCCUACAAAGCUAACUUGAGCAAUAUCGACUCCCAUUUCGCACCGGACUACGAUCCUAUGGCUGAUAUCCAGCCCGAUGACGAUCAGUCACUGUCAAAUCGGCCAACUAGACGCCCCGUCGCGGGCCUCGAAACAGGGGAGGAUGACUGGGACAUGGCACUUGAGGCCUUGCGCGACCGUGCCCGGUGGAAACAAAAAGGAGAGGAGAGACUACGGGAGGCAGGCCUGAAUGAAACAAUCAUUGAGCGGUGGAAGGACAAUACAACCUCCGCUGGAGCGAGCGGGGAGAAGAGACCAGAAGAUGUACGGUGGUCGAAGAAAGGAGAAGGCCGUGAAUGGGAUCGAGGCAAGGUCGUGGACGAUCAAGGACAUACGGAUGUCCACGCCUCGUGGUAG